AACUCGGUCGGCGCGCGUGCGCGUGCGUCGGCCACCGCGACUCGCGCACGCGCACCCGCGCCCGCCCGGACGGUGUACUUUACCGAUAUCGCGAGCGGCCCGAGCGCGCGUGCGUGUGCCCGUCGCGCGCCGUGACUGUGUGUGCACGGGGCCCAGUCGCCUUCCAAGUUAGCGCGCUGCCUGCCGCUUCCCGUUAUUCGACGCGAGCGUACCGCACCACCGUCACGCUGAUUGUCGUAUAUUUUCGGUUGUUCGGCCUUUUUUAUUUAUUCCCUUCCAUUCCCGUCCUUAUCCGCUUCCAGCUCUCUUUCUCCCUUUAACUUUUUUUAUUUUUUCCGUUUCCUUCCGUUCCCGUCGGUUUUCGCUUCCGGCUCUCUUUCUUCUCCCUUUCAGCUCUCUCCCGCUCUUUCAACCUUUGCGCUGGCUAACGUCGUCCUGAGACCACUCGAUACGGUGUCCGAGAUCUCCGACGAGGUUUCCCGCGAAACGAAGACGCGCGCACCCGGAACACCGGGCGAAUACCGUUCGGGCAGCAUCGACGAUUGAACGACGUACGAAGUCGUCUCCUAGUUUAAUUCAAUAAAAUUUCAAAUAUGGCUGACAUAGAAGUUGAACCACCACAAAGUAAUGGCUAUGCAAAUACUAAUGAUGAGGAUGAAGACGAACGUGCAAAAAUGAGACCAGCCGAUAUUGAUGCUGAUGUUAGAGAGAUGGAACGGCGGAAAAGAGUUGAGAUGAUAAUGAAUUCUCGCUUGUUUCGAGAAGAACUGGAAAGGAUAAUUGAAAUACAAAUGAAAGAUGGUGUCUCUGUACCUGCUGGUUUUCUACAACAAAUUUCAGAAAUGAUGGGAGGGCGUCAAUCAGGAGGAGGAGGAGGAAGCUCUAAAUCUUCAAAUUGUGUGGUUCCAAUUAAUGAUAUUCGUGGUGUUGAAAGCAUGGGAUAUGCCAAAGGUGAAAAAAUUAUCAGAUGUAAAUUAGCUGCAGUUUUCAGAUUAAUGGAUUUAUAUGGCUGGACCCAGGGAAUUUACAAUCAAGUUUCUGCUCGACUAAGUCAUGAAGAAGAACAUUUUUUAGUUAGCCCAUAUGGUUUAUUAUGUAACGAAGUAACAGCUUCUAGUUUAAUUAAAGUGGACAUGCAAGGAAAUGUUAUGGAAUUGGGAACUACUAAUUAUGGAGUAAACAUGGCAACAUUUCAACUUCAUGCUGCUAUUUAUGCUGCAAGACCAGAUUUGAAAGCAAUUAUUGAUGUACAAGUAGGACCUGUCUUAGCUGUAUCAUCUUUACGUUGUGGCUUAUUACACAUAAGUAAGGAAAGUGCAUUAAUUGGUGAGGUCUCACAUUAUGCAUACCCAGGGUCUACUGUAGAUCCAGAUGAAAAAGAUAAAAUUGCUAGAAGCUUGGGACCCAUUAAUAAGGUUAUAUUUUUCACAAAUCAUGGUGCAGUUUGUUGUGGUGAAUCAAUUGAAGAAGCAUUUUAUAAUGCUUAUAAUAUUGUUACUGCUUGUGAAACACAGCUCAAAGUGUUACCUGUGGGAUUAGACAACAUCGUGACCAUGACCGAAGAACAACGCAAGUUUAUUUAUGAUGCUGCUAGGUCUCCUCCAGAAGGUACAGUGCCACCACCAUUACCUGCCGGAGGAAAUGUUACAGACAAACGUUGGAGAGUUGGAGGGCUUCAGUUUGAAGCACUAAUGAGAAUGCUGGAUAAUGCAGGGUUUCGUACUGGUUAUAUAUAUCGACAACCAUUAAUCAAAGGUGAGCCCCCACGUCCUCGUAAUGAUGUAGAGGUACCACCAGCUGUAUCUUCUCUAGGAUAUUUAUUAGAAGAAGAGGAAUUGUACAAAAAUGGGCAAUGGAAAAAAUACUACGAUGGACGCAAAUCUACUGAUAGAACCAAAUGGUUAAAUUCACCAAAUGUUUACCAAAAAGUGGAAGUGCUUGAAACUGGGACAACAGAUCCUAAAAAAAUUACUAAGUGGGUUUCUGAAGCUUCUCCAAACUCAAGUACACCUUUUAAAAUAGAUGGACCUUUACAAUUUGUUCCAAAAAAUACUAAUCCAAAAGAGUUCAAAAAGCUACAGCAACAAAUAAAAGAAAAUCGGAGAGCUGAUAAGAUUACUUCAGGACCUCAAUCUCAAAUAUUAGAUGGUGUUUCAUGGGAAGAAGCUAAAAAAUUACAAGAUGCUAACUUAAACACUAACAGUGAUCAAGUAAUAUUAGUUGGGGCUGCAUCAAAAGGCAUUAUACAGCGUAAUUUCCAACAUAAUGCUACUGUGUAUAAGACUCCAUAUGCUAAAAAUCCAUUUGAUGCUGUUACUGAUGAAGAAAUUGAAUACUACAAAAAUUCUGUUGAAAGGAGUACAGUUGAUAAGGAUCAAGUAGAUGUCAAAGAACAUCUGGAUAAUGCAAACUUUUCUCCAGCUAGACAAACUGAAGCAUUUAUCAUUAGUGAAACUGAGGAUGAAAGUAGGGCAGAAGCCAGAGUGUUGCAAGUAGAAAGAAAAUCUGUGCUAAAACCCGAUCAAGCUGAAUUUGUCCUUAGUGAAGGAGAAAAUACUUACAAUGGAGACCAAUCAGAUGCGCAUCAAAGUACAUUUUCAAGCAGUAAAGAGGGUUCUCCAACUAAAGAAAUAUCCACUGAAGAUUCAUCACACAAGGAUAAGAAAAAGAAGAAGAAGGGAAUUCGAACACCAUCAUUCCUUAAAAAGAAGAAGGAAAAAAAGAAGGUUAUUCCAGCAUAAUCUGAUACUUUAUAGUAGAAUAUAUAAUCAAUUUCAAUGCAGACAAAUGCUUUGGCGAACACAGCUUUGGUCAACCAGCACUAAGUAGUCUGUAGCUCAUAUUUAGUCAUUCUAUCAUCUUUUAAAAUCAUUUUGGACUCAUUGAACUAAACAAAACCAUUAAAAUCUUGACACUCCCAUGUCGUUUAAUUUUAUUAAGUUAAAAAUAUAUAUUUAAUCAAGUUCAUUAUACUUACACAAUUAGUGACUAGUAAUUAAGUUAUCCUAUUUAUUUUUAAUUUCAUAUGUAGAUGGCUGGCCCUAAUCAACAAUUUUAACUAUUAUUUAUUCUCUUUUGAAAUUAUUGUUACCACAUUUAAAAUUAUUAUUUAUUUUAUU